CAGAGAACGACAGAGGGGAUUUAAAAGUGGCAGAAUGGCUUUUGAAUAGAAAGUAGCAAAAAUCAUUAGAACAGUAUUUUUUAUUCGCUGGAUGGCAUAAGUAACUGAAAAGACAAAAGUAGCUAUUGCUCAAAAAGAAAAUAACCAAUGACAUGGAGUUUACAAGGCGUUACUUGCCAAUGGAGUGGGAAGAACGGUGGAGGAGAGAGAAGGAGAGAAGGAAAAGAGUUAUUGAAGAAGGUGGUGAAGGUAUAGAACAGGACAACCGGGAGCUACGAAGGAUUGUUGCUUACAAUGACUCGAGAAUGGGUUUGACAAGUAGGAGUGACAAAAAAGAGACUCGAGAUGGAAUGAAUGGUACUAGUCAGGAGGGAAUUGCGGAUCACAUAAGCGCUGAAAGCUUGGGAGCUGAAGAGAAUAAAGUCCAGGCAUGUCACAACAAAACCUACCCUAAAGAGGUGUUUGUAGCUCUGAAAGAAUUCUUGGAUUCAUCUCUUCUUACAGACCUGACAUUGACAACUUUUGGCAACAAAGAGGUGGAACUUUAUGGUUCAGCACUUAAAGAAUUUGGUUUCAGCCUUCCAAAGUCCCAGGAUCACUGGCGGAUCAGGCGACCAAAAGAUACUCUAGUUCUGGUUGGAGGAGACCAACUGAAUCCAGAUGUUGGUCAGCGCAUACCGAGCAGGGAAGUUUGGUUUGCAAACUCCCUACGCAGUGGCACAGGGUUGGUGAAGGACAUUGAGUGGAGGAGAUUAACUGAGAUUCCAGAUAAACCAAAGUUUAGGCAUGGAGUUGCCGUAAUGGAUGGGAAGCUGUAUGUGAUUGGAGGGUGCUUCUUUUAUGCAAAGGAUGACAUUAUGAAAUCUGCCUACAGUUAUGACCCAGUGAAUGAUUGCUGGAAGAGGCUGGCAGACAUGCAGGAGUUCAGAAGUAACCUCUCAGUCGUGGUACGUGAAUCGCACCUUUAUGCCAUUGGUGGAGAUAAAGACAUCAACACCAACGUAGACAGUGUUGAGAUGUACAACCCAGACACUGACUCCUGGAGCUUUGUCCAACCGCUGGACCUGGCUCUGAGUGGCCAUGCUGCUGCUAUCAUUGAUGGAGAGAUUUUCAUAUCUGGAGGUUUCAACUGCAAAUAUGAGUGCCUUGUUUCCACAUGUCUGUACCACCCAGAGAGGGGAACCAUCUACCUGGCAGACAUGACCUAUGAUAGAGCCCAGCAUUGCAUGGAAGCCCUACAGAGUCAUCUAUAUGUUGCUGGUGGAGUCUGUAACCUAAGGAAGUUUUACACUGAUCAACUAGUUUGUGAGGUAUAUGAUAUUGUGGCUGAUUGCUGGACUACUUUUGCGUCACUGCCCAUGCCCCAUGUUGGUGCAGCCUCCAUUGUUAUGGAGGAGAAGAUCUAUGUACUGGGAGGGUAUUGCCAGGAUGACUACAGUGAGUCUGCACUGGUCCACCGCUUUGAUCCCAUCAUGCAGAGAUGGGAGACUAUGGGCAAACUGCCUGGAGCUGUUACAGACAUCCGAGCUUGUCUGAUGCACCUGCCCCAGCACCUCAGACAGUAACUGUUUUAUUGAAAUGAUACACUCCUCAAUUAGGCAGUCUGUUUAAACACUGAAAUUACUGCAAUAAUAGAAGUAAA